GUGCGAGUGGGAGACGACGCGGAGGAGCGAUUAGCGAAGGGCUUUAAAAAACAAGGGGCAAAUAUUUGGGGCGAGAUAGAUAGAGAAAAAAAACCAGCGAAGAGGGAGCGGGGGAUCGAAACCCUAGGCGCGGUCGGCGGCGAUGGCGGCGGCGGCGGGUGCGCCGGAGUCGUACAUCGGGAGCGUGAUCAGCCUCACGUCCAAGAGCGAGAUCCGGUACGAGGGUGUCCUCUACACCAUCAACACCGAGGAGUCCAGCAUCGGGCUCAGGAACGUUCGCUCAUUUGGAACUGAAGGUCGUAAGAAGGAUGGCCAACAGAUUCCUGCCAGCGACAAGAUAUAUGAGUACAUACUUUUUCGAGGGAGUGAUAUAAAGGAUUUGCAAGUCAAAUCCUCUCCAUCAGCUCAGCCGGCAGCUUUACACAAUGAUCCUGCGAUUAUUCAGUCACAUUAUCCUCGUCCAGUCUCGUCGUCUACAAGCUUGCCUCCUGCUGCAAGCACAGCAUCAACUGAUGCUACUUCACACAAUGCUCCAUCUGCAAUUCAGAUGCCACCACCAUUUCAAGGGAAUUUACCACCUUUCCAAUCUGGCGCCAACUUACAGUCAUGGAACUCAUCACCUAUGCCAUCAUCAGCAAAUGGCGCUGGCCUAACAAUGCCACCAAUGUAUUGGCCAGGAUAUUACACACCACCUACUGGGUUUCCUCAUUUUCAGCCACCACCCUUUCUUCGGCCACCACCACACAGUUUGACAGUUCCACAGGCACUACAACCUCCUGUCCACUAUCCUGUGCUUAAUGGAUCCUUACCAGCUGGGUUUCCAAGUAUGCCAGAGCUUCCUUCUUUUCUUCAACCUGGUAAUAGUAAUAGUUUAAGUCCAUCUUUAGGUGUCUCGACAUCAGUGUCAGCACCUGCUUCAUCGAGUACAUCAGUUACUGAGUCAUCAGGAAGCCAACUGCCAAAUAAGCUUUCCUCCAUUUCCGCUUCUGUGUUUUCUGUGGGUUUAACUCCCCCAUCUGUGAGUCCUUCAAUUUCUACAGUUGAACCCUCCAUGCUCGUGUCGCUAGGCAUGCCUUCUUUAGUGAACAGUAAGCCAGUAGUUCUACCCGACUCCACUGUGCCAUCUCUCUCCAGUGAAAAGCCUGUGAGUGUACCUGUUGCUCCAUUGCCAACCUAUCUGCCUUCCUCUCAGCCACCUUCUGCUAAUGAUGCAUCACCAGUCAAUGUUGCAGAACAAGUUACAUUGGUAACUCCUGGUCAACUACUGCCAACUGCUUCCUCCACAGUUACUCCAUCUCAGGCCUUGCAAACUGCUUCUGCUACAGUUCCAUCCUCUAAGGUUGCCUUCUCCACGGUUCCAUCCUCUCAGACAACCUCCUCUGCGGUUCCAUCCUCUCAGGCUACCUCAUCUACAGCUUCACCCUUGAAGGUUGCUUCCUCUUCUGUUCUGUCAGAAGAGGUGCAAGUGAUAGGUGAAAAUAAAGCAGUUAAGCAGCGUGAGUGGAAGGCAAAACAACCUGCGGUUGCUCCAUCCGGAAAUAAGGAGCCUCUGUUGCCAGCAUCAAAGCCUGUACUUGAGAAGCCUGUUGGAGCUUCCUCAUAUGUUCAGUACAACAACAGAGGCCGAGGAAGAGGAAGAUGUCGUGGCAGAGGAAAUGGGCUUUCACGUCCCAUAACCAAGUUCACAGAGGACUUCGAUUUCAUGGCAAUGAAUGAGAAGUUCAACAAAGAUGAAGUAUGGGGUCAUCUUGGUAAAAGUACAGGACAGUUAAAUGAUGAUCCAAAUGAUUAUGAAGAUGAUGUUCUAGAAGAUGAAAUAUCUCCUAGAAAGCCAGAAGCUAAGCCUGUGUAUGUUAAAGAUGAUUUCUUUGAUUCACUCUCGUGCAACACAAUUGACAAUGGAGGGAGGAGUGGAAGGAUUAAAUUCUCUGAGCAGAGAAAAAUAGAUACCGAGACCUUCGGUGACUCGGCAAGGCAUCGACCGAUGGGCAUGCGCGGAGGGAGGGCCCCCCGUGGUGGGGGUGGUGCUCAUGGGGGUGGUCCUCGAGGUCGUGGCUAUUAUGGUAGAGGAUAUGGGUAUAUGGGUAGGGGGCGUGGCUACUCUUACCCUAACCACCAAUCAUGAUACAAAAGAUCCAUAUGCUUUUCAAAAGAAGCACAUGAAUGACUAUGGUGAAGAAUUGCCUAUUUGCUUGGAAACCUGAGAUGUUUCGCAAGUCCCAGCUCGGCUGUUGGAAGAGUGCCUAUUUCGUAUACCUAUCUUCCUGCUAUAGCUGACAAUGCGGUAAAUAGUUUGGUGGCAGAUUUGAUAAGCUAAGAAUCGGUGUCACCAUUGAAUCAAAGCCAGAGAUUGGAUGCAUAUCUUUUCUGUUGCCAGUGUCGAUUCCCUUCGGAGAUAAAUAGGAGCAUGAUAGUUUACAAUUCCGUGGGUUACUGUAUGCUCAUCCAGUGUUGGAUGUUGUCGAGCUUUCUUAAAGCUGGAGACAUGUCAUAUAUGUUGCAUGUUCAUGGUGGCUCCUGGUGGGAGAGCUUCAGUUUGAUGUGCUAGUCAGUUUCUGUACUUGUGUGGAGAUCUGCAAUACCAACUAGAAUGCGCAGAGAUUUGUGUAUCUUACAAUAGUGUAUUUUGCACUCGUACCAUUACUGUAUGUCGUUCUUUGGAAAUUGGAAGUUAGGGUCUGGUUGAUUUA